CAAGAAUGAAAGAAAUUGUAACAAUAACAAUAACAUAAGAGAAUUGUAAACAAACCAAUCAUCAUCUUCUUUGUUUUCAUCGUUUGUUGUUGAACAGUUUUUUUUUUGCUCUUGUUGUGAGAGAAUAAUUAAAAUUGUAAUUAUAUUGAAAGUAUAUUUUUUUCCCCUUUCUUCUUGAUUGUUUCAAUUGUGAGAUUAAAGAUUAAUUUUUAAUCAUCGUAACAAAAUCAACACCAAGUAAACAAAACAAUGGACACUCUUAGACAACAAGUGAUGAUCAACCAGUUUGUUGUGGUGACAGGAUGUAAUCAUGAUCAAGCUAAACAAUUGUUAAACAAUUCUAAUUGGCAAUUUCAACGAGCCUUGAGUAUCUUUUUCCAAGAAGUACCAAUUACAAGUCUGAACGGCAGCGGCGGCGGUGGUGGUGGUGGUGGAGGAUUUCAUUCUGCUGAUCGUUUAUAUCCAUUAUCUACACCAGCUAAUACACCCGCUACUCCACCUAAUUUUCCGGAAACACUUUUAGCCUUCUCUAAAUUGUCAACCACCUCUGAAGUUGCUGCUACCAAAACAAAUUCCAAUAUAAACAAUAACAACAACAACAACAUCGUCAACAAUAAUAACAAUAACAACAACAAUAGUACUACGAUAACCAACACAACAACAACAACAGGAACAAUUAACAAUAACAAUGUUACACAACAUCAUUUACCUCACCAUGGAAUCGCUAUACCUCAACAUCAACCCUACAGUCAUCAUCAUCGUCUUCAUCAGCCUCAUGUUAACCAUAACAAUUAGAAAUCAAGAGCGAGAGUGAUUUAAGUUUUCUUUCCUUAUAAUACUUUUCUCUAUCUCUCUCUCUCUCUCUAUCAAUCUAUCUUUCUCUUUCUCUUCUCCUCUUGUUCGUGUGUAGCUUCAAAAUUUGAAUCGAAUAAAUUUUUGAAGAAUAAUGAAGAAAAGAAGAGAUAAUAAGUUAAUCAUCAUGUAAACAAAGAAAGAAUCGAAAAUCUUUUUUCAGGGACAAAAAGGAGGAGAACAAAAAAAAAAGAAAAAGGAAACAAUAUAUAUAAAAUGGCGCCAUCUCCUUCGACUAUUAACUAAUCAUUUUGAUGUAUAUAUAAAAGAAAACUUUAAAAAGGGAUUGUUAUCUAAUUA